CAUUGCUAACUUCGUCCCCAAAAUGGGAGAAACAGUGACAUUUACCUUUAAUGAAAGGUCACAUGCAAUUGUCUCCAUGUUUUAUGCUUAUCCACCGUAUCUAAUUUUAAUCAUAUAUAAUAUGGUCACAACAUAUACAAGCCACUACUAUAUAUAUUCUAGUUUUGCAUGAGAGAUUUUUUUAAAGAAUUAAACUUUUUGGAAGUGAAUUAAAUUAGUAUUAUUUGUUCUUUUAUUCAUCUUAACAUGGGAAAAUCAAAUAGUUCUAAUUCUAAGGGAUUUUGGAAGGGAGGGUUUGGAAUAGUUUUGCCAAUGAUGAGAAAAUUACUAAACAAAACAAUAUUGUCAUCACCAUCAUCAUCAUCAUUAUCAGCAUCAUCAUCACAUUAUUCUAGUAGAAAAGGGGUGAAGCGAGGUCAUUUUGUUGUGAUUGCAACUCAAGGGUGGAAACCAGAGAGAUUUUAUAUUGAAUUAGGAUAUUUAGAUGACCCUGAAUUUGUGAAAUUGUUGAAGCAAGCUGAAGAAGAGUUUGGUUUCUCUCAAGUUGGAGCACUUGCAAUUCCUUGUGAACCAGAUGAGUUGAAGAGAAUCAUUGGAAGGAAAAAGCACAUCAACAACAACAAGGGUAUUAAUAUUACUUGUUAGGUAAAAUUGAGAUAAAUAAAUUUAUGUCACAUACAUAUAUUGUUGUAUCUUUCAAUUUGUUGUAACAUUCCCUUAAGAGUUGUCUCUAUCUAAUCGUUGGAUUCUCUACAAUAUUGUACUUUUUUUAUUGUUUUAGGUUGUUAUACAUGCACAUUUUUUAUUUUUAUUGAUUAGUGAACUAGAUGAUGGACUUACAUGCAAUAAGAUAAGAUAGUGGUUUUAUUGAUGUAUUUGUGCCCCUGUAAUGUAAGUAUAAUAUAAUUAACAUGCAAGUGCAAGAGGGCUAAAUAUAAUAUAAUUAACUUGAUGUAUUUGGUUACUUUUAAAAA